AUGAAGUCUACUAUUGUGAUCCAGUUGCCAUUGGCAAUUUCACGACAAGUGGUCUACUUGGCAAUUCUUGCCCUGGCCAUUUUCUUGUUUCUUCUUCCUGUUUCUGUAGUCACCUACUUGAACUUUUACAAGAUGUUGGUCCCCACCGAAAGAAUGCAAACGCCUACCAAACUACUUCAAAAUACAGACGGCUGGAAAACUGCUUCAAUCGAUCCUCUGCCGGCAAUUCCAUAUCUAAAAGCGAACCAGGAUCUUCUUUUUCUGGUUCGGUUAAACCUCAAUGCCGUGUGCCGCUUGGAGAAAUCGUUCCAGUUGAUUGAGUACCAAUUCAACUUUGGCAACCAGACCUUUGCCGACGACGUGAUUGUGAACUGUGAUCUGCGGUACAUCUAUGUGGAGAAAAACUGGUGGAUCCCGUACCAUUUGCGGUAUUGGGUUCCGCCACUUUUCGUGGAUAUCUUCAAGUUUGUCAAGAAGGAAAUCCCUCUCGUGGACAUGUCUGGUUCCCAGCUUCUAUCGAUUUUGUCAGCGUCUAAUCUGACCGUGCAAUUGGACAAGUACAACGUUCUUCUCAUAGACUCGAAGAAUACCUCGAUUGAUUUUGUGGUGAAAUGGAGCGGGCUCCGUUACUACCUCGUCGAGUUUUAUUUCACGAGCUUUUUCAUUGGUGUUUUCGGUUUUUGGCUUGCGUGUUCGCUUACCUGUGUCAUCACGGCAUUAGUGUUUCUGAGUUACCUCAGUACACCCAAGGAGGAAGUAGUCGACACAAAAAUGAUCAAACUGGAGCAGUCGUUUUAA